GUGCAUAAUAAUAUAGAGGUCCGGCCGUUCCCACCCCCGCGUCAUUUGUUCUCAAGUCCAUGGGAUCCCUGGCCAUCCUGGCUGGAUCUGGACAUCUCCUCGAGAAAAACCAACACGUCGCCCGGCUCUUUUAAUCGAACUUCUACUUUCUCUGUGCUUUGCUUCCGGAAAGCUAGCAACCAUGCCUGGCGGCUUCCACCCUCCCAAGGAGGUCAUGCUCAGCUGGCCUCCGAGAAAUUAUGUGAAUCCCGAGCAGAGGGGUGACGGCGUGGUCAUCUUGACUGGAGUGUUUGGUGUACUUAUGUUAAUCGUGGUUGGCCUACGGCUAUGGGUGCGCUUCAGGAUGCAGCGUGAGCCAGGCGUUGACGACUACAUUAUUGCUGCAGCUGUGCUACCGGCAAUUGGCUUGGCCGUCUGCAUGGGCCUGAUCAAUCCUCUACAUGAAGGGUACCGACAUAUCUGGGAUACCCCCAUUCAGAACUUCGUUGCAAUAAUAAAGCUGAACUGGAUUGCCCAAGUCUUUUUUCUCUUCAGCAACAUAUUAACUAAGAUCUCUGUUCUUGUGUUGUACAUGCGCGUGAUCAAAGGCACAGCAAACAAAAUCUUUCUUAAUGUGGUCAGAGGGGCUAUUGGCAUCCUUGUGGCCUAUGCCACUUCCGGUAUUGUCUUGCUGUGCCUGCAGUGCAAGCCGAUCACGGCAUAUUGGGACCAGUUCAACCUUUUAAAUCCACCCAAGGGCAAGUACACAUGUUGGGAUGAAGGCAUCCUGCCUCUCUAUGCAGUCAUCUUCAAUGUUUUUACUGAUCUGAUGGUGACGUGUCUGCCCAUGUUCCUCUUUGUGCAGCUGAAGAUGCCAUUCAGAGAAAAGAUGUCACUUGCAGCCGUUUUUGGAAUGGGUUUCAUCGUUUGCAUUUCUGGCAUGAUCCGGAUAUACUACUACUAUACCAUUUUUUAUCGCACCUACGAUAUUACCUGGGUUGCUUAUGAAGUAUGGAUAUGGACUGUGGUUGAAUGCAAUCUUGGAAUCAUCUGUGCCUCCAUCCCACCUCUCCGACCACUCUUCAAACGGUUCCUCCGAGGCACCUUGUACGGCAGCGGCUAUCCUCAGAACAGCUACUCAAGCCGAAGUAAGAACACCACCAACCCAGGCGAUCACUUCGAGCAGGAUGCUCAGUCCUACCAUCUCCGAAAUACGCCGCGUCAUACCAAAUCCACCGAGUGGGACAAGGACAGCAAUUCUAGCUCCAUGCCACUGGAGCGCAAUCCUCGAGACGGGAUAAUGAGGACGGAUAACUUUGAGAUAACGUAUAACCAUGGCCUGAGACCUCACGAGGCUCAUGCGCCAGUCUGAAAAGAUAAACAUGAAGCAUGGAAAAAGAAAAAAAAAAAAGAAAGACAGACGAACCAAUCACCACCAUCCACCAACCAGAAUAUUCCGCCCUUUUGUUUUUAGCGAAUUUUCCCUCCUGUCAGAAUUCUUAUCUUCCAUGCACUAAUGUAUUAACUAAUGUACUGUACAUGCACGACGAUAAAAACUCUUGCAUACCUUAAACUAAUACUGCAGUCCUCUUGAUGCAGGCAUCAAAUUGCAUCAAACUUUUCUUGACACAAAGUGUUUAAGCACUCAUGGGUCUAGAAAUACCCUACAUCACAUCUCGGCCAGAUAAGCAAAGAAAAGCAUGGUUAUGAAGAUGGGGGGGGCCGCCGCUUUGCAUCGCUCAAUGGAGUCCGAGGGGAACGUCGAACCCCAUCUGCCACGUUUUUUUUUUGAGUUUUG